AAAUUACUUUAUAGAGCUCAAUAUGUCUUGCACUGUUCAUAUAACGAAUAUUUAUUUUAACGCGACAUUUUUCAAUAUUUGAAAGUGAGGAGGGCAUGUAGUAUCGAUUUCGCCCUUAUCGCAUGCGGAUGAUCUAUUUUGUUGCAUUGUAUCUCUCACCCUUUGCUCUCCAUAUUGUGCAACAUUUACUUGUCCCAUAACUUCGCAGCGAAGGUCUGAAGAGCCAUGGAAAUCUCUUUCACAGGCAAGCGGGCCAUAGUCACGGGUGCAGGAAAAGGCAUCGGCCGGGCCACGGCGCUUGCUCUGGCGCGCUGCGGGGCAGAGGUCGUGGCAGUCACACGUACGCGGGCUGACCUGGACAGCCUUCUGCUGGAGUGUCCGUCCAUCAAGCCGGUGUGUGUGAACCUCGGUGACUGGGGGGCCACAGAGGAGGCGCUACGGGAGGCCGGCGGUAAUGUGGAUCUGCUGGUGAAUAACGCAGCCUAUGCCACGCUGCAGCCUUUCCUAGAGGUCACCCCCGACCAGUUUGACAUAUCCUUUAACAUCAACGUGAAGGCUGUCCUCCAUGUCUCUCAGAUUGUAGCUCGGGGUAUGAAGGCCAGAGGAACAGGAGGCUCCAUAGUGAACAUCUCCAGCCAGGCGUCUCAGUGUGCCCUCCAAGACCACACCGUCUACUGUGCCACUAAAGGUGCUCUGGACAUGCUGACUAAGGUUAUGGCCCUGGAGCUUGGACCCUAUCAGAUCCGUGUGAACAGUGUGAAUCCCACAGUUGUGAUGACUAAGAUGGGGAGACUGGCAUGGAGUGACCCUGGCAAGGCCAAGACCAUGACCUCACGCAUCCCUCUGGGACGAUUCGCAGAGGUGGAGGAUGUGGUGAACUCUAUCCUGUUCCUGCUCAGCGAUAAGAGUUCUAUGACCAACGGUGUCACCCUGCCUGUGGACGGGGGCUUCCUGGCCUGCUAACCUCUAACCUUCUCAUUCUGCCUUCUGAUUGGCUGGCGUAGUCAUUUUCCAUGGUGUCCACUAGUACCCAUUUAAUUCCUCUUCAAGCACUGAUUAUAUUCGGACUUGAUUUUGUUUUAUGUUACUGAUUACAUGUGUUACCCAGAACAAUAGAAUGAGUCUUUAUGAGCUGCCUUGUUUGUUCUAACCGUAAGCAAUUGUUUAUUUUUUUGCAGAUUGUGGGUGUGUGUGUUAGCUUAUAGAGAGAACUGCUGGAUGAGACUAGUGUAAUAUACAGUCGUGACCAAAUGUUUUUGAGAAUGACACAAAUAUACAUUUUCACAAAGUCUGCUGCCUCCAGUUUGUAUGAUGGCAAUUUUCAUAUACUCCAGAAUGUUAUGAAGAGUGAUCAGAUGAAUUGCAAUUAAUUGCAAAAUCCCUCUUUGCCAUGCAAAUGAACGGAAUCCCCAAAAAUAAUUUCCACUGCCCUGCCACAAAAGGACCAGCUGACAUCAUGUCAGUGAUUCUCUCGUUAACACAAGUGUGAGUGUUGAUGAGGACAAGGCUGGAGAUCACUCUGUCAUGCUGAUUGAGUUCGAAUAACAGACUGUAAGCUUAAAAAGGAGGGUGGUGCUUGGAAUCAUUGUUUGAUCUCUGUCAACCAUGGUUACCUGCAAAGAAACACGUGCUGUCAUUACUUUGCACAAAAAGGGCUUCACAGGCAAGGAUAUUGCUGCCAGUGAGAUUGCACCUAAAUCAAACAUUUAUCGGAUCAUCAAGAACUUCAAGGAGAGCAGUUCAAUUGUUGUGAAGAAAGCUUCAGGGCGCCCAAGAAAGUCCAGCAAGCGCCAGGACCGUCUCCUCAAGUUGAUUCAGCUGCGGGAUUAGGGCACCACGAGGACAGAGCUUGCUCAGGAAUGGCAGCAGGCAGGUGUGAGUGCAUCUGCACGCACAGUGAGGUGAAGAAUUUUGUAGGAUGGCCUGGUGUCAAGAAGGGCAGCAAAGAAAAAAGGGAUUAUUUUUAUUAUGUCAUGGCUUUAGAAGCUUCUGAUAGGCUAAUUGACAUAAUUUGAGUCAAUUGGAAGUGUACCUGUGGAUGUAUUUCAAGGCCUAUCGUCAAACUCAGUGCCUUGACGUCAUGAGAAAAUCAAAAUAAAUCAGCCAAGACCUUACAAAAAAAUUCUGGCUCAUCCUUGGGAGCAAUUUUCAAAUGCCUGAAGGUACCACGUUCAUCUGUACAAACAACAGUACGCAAGUAUAAACACCAUGGGACCACACAGCCAUCAUACUGCUCAGGAAGGAGACGUGUUCUGUCUCCUACAGAUGAACAUACCUUGGUGCAAAAAGUGCAAAUCAAUCCCAGAAGAACAGCGAAGGACCUUGUGAAGAUGCUGGAGGAAACGGGUGCAAAAGUAUCUAUAUCCACAGUAAAACGAGUCCUAUAUCGACAUAACCUGAAACCAGCUCAGCACGGAGGAAGCCACUGCUCCAAAAAAAGCCAGACAACGUUUGCAACUGCAAAUGGGGACAAAGAUGAUACUUUUUGGAGAAAUGUCCUCUGGUCUGAUGAAACUAUUUGGCCAUAAUGACCAUCGUUAUGUUUGGAGGAAAAAGGGGGAGGCUUGCAAGCCGAAGAAAACCAGCCCAACCGUGAAGCACGAGGGUGGCAGCAUCAUGUUGUGUGGGUGCUAUGCUGCAGAAGGGACUGGUGCACUUCACAAAAUAGAUGGCAUCAUGAGGCAGCAAAAUUAUGUGCAUAUAUUAAAGCAACAUCUUAAGACAUCAGUCAGGAAGUUAAAGCUUGGUCGCAAAUGGGUCUUCCAAAUGGACAAUGACCCCAAGCAUACUUCCAAAGGUGUGGCAAAAUGGCUUAAGGACAACAAUGUCAAGGUAUUGAAGUGGCCAUCAGAAAGCCCUGACCUCAAUCCUAUAGAACAUUUGUGGGCAGAACUGAAAAGGCGUGUGCGAGCAAGGAGGCCUACAAACCUGACUCAGUUACUCCAGCUCUGUCAGGAGGAAUGGGCCACAAUUCACCCAACUUAUUGUGUGAAGGUUGUGGAAGGCUACCUGAAACGUUUGAUUGAAGUUAAACAAUUUUAAAGACAAUGCUAACAAAUACUAAUUGAGUGUAUGUAAAACUUCUGACCCACUGGGAAUGUGUGAUGAACGAAAUAAAAGCUGAAAUAAA